AUGGCUUCAUACGGGAACCCUAUGUACUCACAGGAUCAGUUCAUGAAUCCGGGGCCGGCUCCCCGCCCCCCUACCGAUCGUCCCAAGUUGUCGCUCCCCACCUCUAACGUGGCUACCUCUUUCGGCCAAAUGAGUUUGAACUCGCCUAUCACUCCAGGGACCGGUAACCUUUCCCUUUUCCCCAAUACCAGCUCGCCUUCUCUUGCUCGGAGUCAAACCAGUGGACAGGGCGGUAUUGCGAUCGUAAAGGAGGGACCCGUGCGUUGCAAGGAAGACAAGUUCCUUGCAACAUGGAACCAGCGCCACUUGAUCUUGCGUGAAUACAAACUUGAAUUCUUGAAGAGUGAAUCUGGAAAGGUUGUUCUGUCGUUCCCUCUUGCGACCGUCACGGCCGUUGCUCGCUCGGAGGACUCCAAGAUGUCAUUUGAGGUUACUCGACUGGCAAACCCAAAAGAUGCGACCUCUAAAGCUGCCAUGAUCACCCGUGACGUGCCCACUAAGACCAUAACCUGUGAGGUGAAAUCCGACGACGAAAUCUACGAAUGGAUCGACAAGAUCUAUGAACGUUGCCCCGGGAUGGGUGGUGUCAGUAACCCAACCAACUUCAGUCAUCGGGUUCAUGUUGGAUUUGACCCGCAGACGGGCGCUUUCGUUGGAUUACCCCCAGAGUGGGAGAAACUUCUGACGGCGUCGGCCAUUACACAGGAAGAUUACAAGAAGAACCCGCAGGCUGUCAUUGAGGUUUUGGAGUUCUACUCUGAUAUCAAGAUGAGGGAGCAAAACCCCCAAUAUUAUGAUGGUAUGAACGGCUCAUCUGGGGGUCAGUCCAAAUCCAUAGCCAGCAACUCUGUGGGCAGCUCCGUAGCUCCCCCGCGGCCGCCGCCUCCUGGUCCCAUGCAGCGCCUGGACACUGGAAAGAUGUCCAGUCCUUUAAAUUCAUCCCCGACUCAGACGGAUCGGGCUAUAGAGCAGCAGCAACAACUAGAUCGCAUGAAGGAAAUGGCCGAUCAGGAGCGCCGCCGCGUCGAGGAGGAACGCCGCAGAGAAGAUCAAGAAUACAAUGCAUCUCUACCCAAGGCACGAGUCCCAAUGGCCAAGCAAGAGCUCGGCGGCUAUGGUGGUGAGGAUUCCAACAGUCGCUACAAACCCAGUCGUCCUGCCCCGCCAGCACCAGGCGCAGGAGCCCGCGCCCCAGGUCAAGAACCUCGUCAGCUGGCGGCUCAGCGGGCUCCCCCUGCGCCUCCAUCUUCACAAAGUUCAUACGGACAGGGUGUGCCACGUGCUCCUGCUCAGGACCAAGGUUCUCCCUCUCGCUAUGCCGCAAAUGAUCCUCGAUCACAGACUUCCGCGAGUCGCUCGCAAAGCAAUGGCACCAAGACACAGGGACCUCCCCCAUCCCGUCUGCCUGCUCCUGUACAACAAGUGAAGCCGUUGAAUAUUGCCAACAAGCAGGGAUCUAGUAAACCAGGUGUUCCCGAUGGUGUCCGCCAAGCAGAGGCCGCGCUCACCAAGAAACCCGCCGACUCUCACAAGAAGGAGGUUCGUAUGUCGGCCAUGUCUGAGAAUGAAGUUAUGGAACGACUGCGCUCCGUCGUGUCCAAGGACAACCCCAACGAAUCAUACAGCAAGCAGCGUAAGAUCGGACAGGGUGCGUCUGGAUCCGUGUAUGUUGCCCGCGUUAAGGAUCAUGCGACGUCGUCGGUGGCCCAUGAACUGUACCGGCAGUAUGGCCCUCGGUGCCAGGUGGCCAUUAAGCAGAUGGAUCUGCGCAGUCAGCCACGUAAGGAGUUGAUUGUAAAUGAAAUUAUUGUCAUGAAGGACAGCCAACAUCCCAACAUUGUCAACUUCCUGGAUUCAUUCUUGCAGGAAUCUAGCAAUGAGCUGUGGGUUGUUAUGGAGUUUAUGGAGGGUGGUGCGUUGACUGAUGUGAUUGACAACAACCCUGUAAUUCAGGAGAACCAGAUUGCUACUAUCUGCUCAGAGACCUGUAAGGGAUUGUCCCAUCUACACAGCCAAAACAUCAUUCACCGUGAUAUCAAGAGUGACAACGUUCUGCUCGACCGAGUUGGCCACGUCAAGAUCACUGACUUUGGCUUCUGCGCCAAGCUCACAGAGUCCAAGAGCAAGCGUGCCACCAUGGUGGGAACGCCUUACUGGAUGGCUCCUGAGGUUGUGAAGCAAAAGGAAUACGGCCCGAAGGUGGACUGCUGGUCACUGGGUAUCAUGGCUAUCGAGAUGAUUGAAUCCGAACCACCUUACCUAAACGAGGAGCCCCUGAAGGCGCUGUUCCUCAUUGCGACCAACGGAACCCCACGUCUCAAGAAGCCGGAAAAGCUUAGCAAAGAACUCAAGUCCUUCUUGAGUGUUUGUCUCUGUGUCGAUGUCCGCAGCCGUGCCACGGCUGACGAGUUGCUAGCGCACGAGUUCCUGCAAAAUGGGUGCAGUCUUGCCAGCCUGGCGGAACUAUUGCGCUGGAAGAAGGCCACCGGCCAGUGA